GUUCGUAUGUCCCAGGCGUCUCUGAACACGUCACCGAACUUUUUCGAAGGGGCUGUUGAGGUGAAGAAAAGUGGUUUAUUAGUGUGGGGCGUUUAAUAUGUCGCAGGUUAUCGCGUGAGAAGCGGAUUAUAUAGCUAUCUGGACAUGCUCCAAAAGACUUUACGGAAGUUUUCCAGCUUUGACAACUUUGCUGAGCUGGGUGUUUGACUGCUCUGAUUUCUGUACCUGGACUCGUUCAAAGCGAACCAUGUCGCAGCCGGAGCAGAAAGAGCCCACCCUGAGCUCGGAUGCACCUAAACCCGCUCCGGUGAACCCCAGAGCGGUCUGUAGCGUGUGUAAACGCCUUUACCGGGACCCUAAAAUCCUCCCCUGCCUUCACACGUUCUGCUCCGACUGCAUCGGCCAGCUGGAGGCGUUCUCGGUGUCUUCUCGUGGGAACGGGAGUUGCGGAGAGGCGGUGAAGACAAGCCGACAAAGCGUCACAACAACGGUACUGUGUCCCGAGUGUGACUCCGAAGUGGACCUCCCUCAGCAGGGUCCGGCCGGACUGAGUACAGACCACCUGGCGCUGGACGAAGUGUUCCUGGAGACCCUGGUGACCAACGGCCCGCUGGGAUGCGACCUGUGCGGGGAAGGAGGCGCUGAGAGCCGCUGUGAGGUCUGCUCGGUCAACCUUUGCGAGUUCUGCUGCCAAGCUCACAGACGUCAGAAGCGAACAGCGUCUCACUCUGUUCAGGCGGUGGAGGACCUGAAGGCUCGUGGACGUCUUGGUCGUCCCAUCCUCUGCUCUCUUCACCCCGGCCAGGAGCUCAGGCUCUUCUGUCAGCUCUGCGACCUACCCGUAUGUCUGGACUGCGCUUCCACGCUGCACAGAGACCACCACUGCUGUCCUACGCACGACGUCAUCGACCAUCACGGUGACCGUAUUCGAGAUCUGGUCAGCACGCGUCUACGACCCCGACUGGAGCAGAUGGAGGAAGUUCUACAGAAGGUGGAAACUUCCCAGGAGAAUUUGAAGGUACGGGUCGAGGCAACAGCCAGUGAGAUCAGAGCCUUUGCUCGAGGCUACGCCAGCGCUGUGGAGGCCCAUUGUCUGUCUCUGCUGCGGCGCCUAGAGGAGCUUCAGGUCCAGCGCAGAAACGUCCUCCACCUGCAGAGCGUGCAGCUGCAACAGGGCCUGCUGGAUGUCCGAGGCAGUGUGGCGUUUGCCGAGCGCCUCCUGAGCUGUGGGUCUGACGCCGAGAUCCUCAGCGCUAAAGGAGUGACUCUAAGACGACUCGCCAGCCUGGCAGAGAGAGGCUAUAACCCUUGUCCAGCGGUGGUCGCCCCAGACGAUAGCAGCAGCAUUUGCUUCCUGCCCAGAGAGCCAGCCGGAGAGGUGGAGGGCUACCCAGUGGUGGGUGUGAUUAACUGGAGGACGCUGGAUGUCAGCAGGUGCACCAUUGAAGGAGAAGGUCUGCGGCGGGGCAGCGAGGGCCAGCCGGGCCGUUUUAGCCUGGUGUGUCGAGACUCAGCCGGGGAGCAGAUGGCUCGAGGAGGAGAGCAGGUCCUCGUCAGCAUCGUCCACAAAGAGAAGAAGAACUGCGCUGUGGAGACGGUGGUGGUGGACAACGCUGAUGGAACGUACAGCGUUUCAUACAAGCCUGAGGAACCAGGACCUUACUCUGUGUGGGUUUGUGUCAAAGCCCAGCAUGUGAAGGGUUCUCCGUUCCUGCUGAAUGUGAAGAAGAAGUUCAGACACCACGGUGGGACGUUCCACUGCUGCUCCUUCUGCUCCAGUGGAGGAGCCAAAGAGGCAAUCUGUGGCUGCGCAGGAACGAUGUCAGGAGGGUUUAAAGGCUGUGGUCACGGUCAUAAGGGACAUCCCGGGAAGCCCCACUGGUCCUGCUGCGGCAGCACCACUGAGAAGUCUGAGUGUUUACCUCCGAGCGUGUUGGCUGCUGUCUCUCCUCGUGGACAUCUGCGCACCGUGGAGCUGUGAGGGACCCAGAGAUGAGAACACAGAUCCAUCUAUAUUCUUGUCGUUGUUAUAAACAACAUUACAAUGGAACAAAUGCAGAGCUCUCAGUCAAAAACGGUCUGUUCUCUGGUGUUCACAUGUCUGUGGACAAUUAUUUCACCUAAAUGAAAAUGUGAAAUCAUUCUUUACUUGUUUCCAUUAUAUAGAGGAUUUUUUAAUAAAUGACAUCUAAAAAAAACCACUAUUAAAUACAGCCAUGAUGUGUUGAGCUCCACUGUAUCCCCUCUGUGGGCAGAUCAUGGCUCAGAAGAACAACACAUCUCCUGGUAGACCAUGCUGACUAACACUAACCCAGCUGAAUGUUGCCGACCACAGUCUCCUCCAGUAACUGUAACAGCCCAAACCACUACACCACCUCCACCUUGGGUCUAAUCCUAACCCUGGCCCUAACAGGGUUACCCUAACCGAAACCACUACAACACCUCCACCUUGCUUUUGUUGUGGCUCUAAUCCUAAAGGUUGGUUUAUGCUUGACGCGUCCGUGAGGUCCGCACGGCUCCGCGCGGAAAAGUUGCGUCAUUUCAACAACCACGCCCCUCCACCGCGCCUCCGCACGGCCCAAAAUUUCCGCAGCGCGCACCUAGGAAAUUUUCUAACCACGCGGACGGUCGGACGCGGAAAAGCAUGGCGGACCGGCAAGAACUAGUAUGGCAGAGGUUCGUAAAUACAGACAUUUGUAUGAUUCAGCUCUCAAAGAUCACUGUGAUCAACAUGUUGUUAAUAAUUCUUGGUGAGAAAUAGCUCGCACUGUCAGAAAAGACAAGGACCCUGUUAAAAAUGCUGGAAUGCCAUGUUGUAAACAACAGUAAUUUUUACUUCUACUAUGGUGUAGUGUUGGAUGCAUGUCGUAGAGCUCCAUGCUGCCCCGUUCAGUUUGGGAGAAUAUUGGCUCACCGCAGAGACAAGCCGCAUAACCAUAAGCUCUGCAAGUUGUGAAGCGCGUUCCAUCCGCGAGCCGCAUCACCAAGCGGAAAGUAAAUGCGUCAACCAUAAACCAAGCUUAACCCUGGCUCAAACAGGGUUACCCUAACCCAAACCACUACACCACCUCCACCUUGCUAGUGUCUUGCCUCUAACAGGGUUUCUACACCAAAGAGGUUCCUGUGCUUGUCCUUAAAAAAUAGUCUUGUGACCCAUAAUAUCUGUCAGACAGAUUAGACAUACACGACUAUUGUAAGAAAACCACCCAUUUGUAGCUUUUCCCUCCCCCGCCCCCAAAUUCCAGGAUUUUAGGUAAGAACAUAUACAAUUCUUGAAAGCAGAAAAACUGAAUUUAUUGGAGGAAAGAAGCUCUGAGUGUCUCUAAAUGAGCUGCUGAUCUGAGUAAAAGUGAAACCAACUCAGAGAUUUUAGACUUGGAGCUCAUGUUUUCCUCAGCUGUUCUCUUGGAACCAGCAGAUGGUGCUGGGAGAACAGCCAGAGCUCUUGGUAAUGGGAACACGAAGAACUGGUUCACUACUGGAACUGGAAAAAGUGGACCAUCCAUCCAUUCCCAGUUGCUUAACUUUUUUUCCUUUCAGGUUUUUAUGCCAUUAAUUUGUGUUUUUUCAAGUAGUGCAGAAUCACAAAGGUGGAUCUGCACCAGAGUCAGCCCUGCCCAUUCACGCAAACUCAGCCCAGCCCACUGACUUCUUCUGUUUUUUUUUUUUUUUGUUGUUUUGUUUUUUUACUUUAUUGCAAACUAACCUGACCUACAUGAACUACGGCUGUUACUAGUUUACAGUUGUUAAUACUGAAUUCCAAUUAAGCAAGAUAAGUAUAAUUUGCUACAUGAAAUGAAAGGUUCUUUUCAGCAAAUUUCUGCCCACGGCCGCUCCGACAAAAUGCGCCUAAACAAGCGUUUUAGGCUAACCGGUUAUUGUAUGAGCUCUGGUAGUCCAGUGGUGUAACGGUCUGACUUAUGCUUCGUUUUGCCCUCUGCUGACGCUGGUUUGACUCUCACUGGGGUCGGCAGUAAUGUAUUUAGCCAACUGAAACAGAUUUAAUUUAUUAAUAUUUUAGUUUUAUUGAUUAUUUUCUACAAAAUAUUUUAUGUCUCUAAAAAGGUAUUUGAAUUUGGUUGUUUCUAAGCAGCAUUUUAGUUUAAACUCUGGACCCACACUGGCUAAAUAAACAAAGAAGGUAAAAACAAACUGAUUAGUUGUUAUAUUUUAAACCGUUUACCAAUAAAGGGUUGAAAACACAAUAUUGGCAAGAGUAGCUAGGAAAAAAAAAGUUGAUGCCACGACCGGGAGGAGAACCUGCACAAAACUACACACCAGUCUGACACCAUAGUCACCCCACCACUACAUCUGUUACAGUAUGGUUGGUGCCACGUAUCCUAUCUAGUGUGUCUUUGUAGACGGAUGGAUGGUUUUUCUGGCGGUGUCCCAGUAGAAGUCAUUUCAGAAGUCAUUUUUCAGAAAAUCCACAGAAUAUCCAGAUCUGAGAACCAAGACCAGACCUGCUUCAGGGGGAGAAGAAAUGCACAGUAGUGGCUUACUUUCUUCUAUUUGCAGGAAAAAUCUUUACAUUCAAUUCAGUUCAGAAAUACUUUAUUAAUCCCAGAGGGAAAUUGAUUGCUGUAGUAGCUCUGAAUAAUAAUAAUAAUCAAGUCAUCCAAGAGUUGUUGUAUAUUACAAUGGCUGUUGGCAGGAAGGAUCUCCAGUAGCGGUCAGUGUUGCAGCCAAACUGAAGAAGCCUCUGACUGAAGGCACUCUUCCGUUGUCGGACAGUCUUGUGAAGAGAAUGCUCAGGCUGAUUUAAAUCAGAAUAAAAUACAAACUUUAGGCUUCAGUUAAGCUGCGUGUUUGCGUGUAUCUGAUGUCGGCAACAGCCGGGAAACGUUUGUGUUUUCUGAAAAUAAAAUGUUGCUUUUAUGUGAGAUCAGCUGAUGCUGUUUUAACCUCCAACCCUCUCCAAAGCUGCUCUGACUUCUCCAGAGGUUUUGACCCACCCACCCACUCCUUGUUGCAACAUGAAAAAUAAAGUUUUCACUCUCA